CGUUGCCUCCCAGUGCACCCGAGGAAUCCCCGAAGUAACUCCUCGAUGGCCUUAUUUCGCCUUAUUUAAGCACCUUUUAAGCCUCUGCGGAUAAAAUAUGGGCGGUUAGAGGCCAGGGAAAGGUAAUAGGGAUGAAGUGAUAAAGAAAAGAAUAGGAAAAAUGCGUGGAGAAUAUGCUACUGUGUAAAAAUGUGUACAUACCAUAUGCUGUAUAUAUUGAGAUACUCAGCAAAAAGCUGUGUAGGUUGUAAGAGCACAAUAACUUGAACUUUGUUUAUUUGUGCAAGGAGAUGGGUUGUUGGUGCAAUGUAGAGAAGAGUAAGAGGAAGACACUGCAUUUGUGUUUAUGUUACACUAUUCCUGGAAUGAAAGUUGUUGAGAAAGAAAGUUUGUGUUAAAGAGACGCUCGAUGCUAUAACACAUGAUGAUGGAGGCUAAGUGCCCAGUGAGAAACGGUGAUCAAGAGAGACAACUCCGUCUAAUCUUGCCGAAGCUUUAAAGAUGGAUUUCAGCCGUUACAUCGUCCAGGUGUUUGUAGGGGCUCUGUCGCCACACUAUGAGGCCCUCUCCAUUGAGGUCAGCAAACAGACGACGGCGCAGGAGAUAACUGUUUGCAUUGUGGAGAGGCUGGGCCUGUCCAACCCCCAACAUUAUGAGUUAGCGGAGGUGAUUGGCAAUGCCCAUGGCCAGGAGUGCAAGGAGCGGAGGCUAGGCCCUGUGGAGAACCCUGUGGCUCUGCAGAUGCUCUGGCCCCAGACGUCCAUCAUUGAGAAUCCAGAUGAUAACGACCAACAUGAGUAUAGAUUUUGCCUUAGAGAGAAGAUCUCGUCGGAUUCCUUGUGGGCGGAGCCAUCACAGCUUGACUCGCAGCUCAUUCGGGACUACUUCUACAAGUUUCUGUACCAGCCCAAAGAUAAGGAUUACCCAGAUCUAUGCCAGCUGCCCAACCUCACAGAGCAGACCUUGUUAGAGAACCUGCGGGCGAGGUUCCAACGGGGUUACAUCUACACAUACGUGGGUUCUAUCCUCAUCUCAGUCAACCCCUUCAAGUAUUACCCCAUUUACAAUCCCAAGUAUGUGAAGCUGUAUCAGAACCAUCGGUUGGGUGAGCUGCCCCCGCACAUCUUCGCCAUUGCUGAUGCAGCCUACCACUCCAUGCUCAAGCAGCGGCGGAACCAGUGCAUCGUCAUCAGUGGAGAGAGUGGCAGUGGAAAGACCGAGUCCACCCUUUUCCUCCUGCACCACUUGACUAUGCUCAGCCAGAAGGGGUCUCAUGGCAGUGGAGUUGAGCAGACCAUACUCAGUUCAGGGCCUGUUUUAGAGGCCUUUGGAAAUGCAAAAACUGCCCACAACAACAACUCCAGCCGAUUUGGCAAAUUUAUUCAGGUCACAUACAAAGAAAAUGGCCUUGUUCAGGGGGCAUGUGUGCAGAAGUACCUGCUGGAGAAGUCAAGGAUUUGCUCUCAGGCAUAUAAUGAGCGCAGUUAUCAUGUGUUUUACUACCUUCUGGCGGGCGCGACAACCCAGGAACGGCAUUCUCUCCACCUCCUCAAGCCCCCUGACUAUCGCUACCUCAACCAGAGCAAAUGUUAUACAAUUGAGGGUUGUGAAGAGCAGUUUGAGUUUUUAAGGCUGAAGCAGUCGAUGGAGAUGGUCGGGUUCACUGCCGACAAGCAGCACAGACUCUUUGCUGUGUUAUCUGCGGUCCUUCUUUUAGGUAACAUAGAAUUCCAGCCAAAGAAAUCCACUUACCACCACGAUGAGUCAGUGCUGGUGAGGAACCCGGAAUUGGUGAGCACGAUCUCAAGUCUCCUUGGGGUAUCUGAGGAUACUCUCAUGAACGCGCUCACUUCCAAGAAAGCACGGGUCCAAGGAGAGGUUCUAGUCAUGCACUAUCGCCUGGCAGAAGCUAUGGCUGCACGGGAUGCCUUAGCAAAGUGUCUAUAUGGGGCAUUAUUUGACUGGAUUGUUCUGCAGGUGAAUUACUCUCUCAUUACACUCAAAGAAUCAGCAAGUGAAUAUGGAGGAAAUUCCAUCGGUGUCCUUGACAUUUUUGGGUUUGAGGAUUUUGGCCAUUGCAACAGGUUUGAGCAGUUCUGCAUUAAUUUUGCCAAUGAGCAUCUCCAGCACUACUUCAACCAGCAUGUCUUUGAGUACGAGCAGGAGGAGUAUCGGCGUGAAGGAAUUUCUUGGACCAACAUUGAGUUUCAGGACAAUGUAGACUGUCUGGCACUCAUUGAGGGGAAACCUUCUGGUCUUCUUUGUAUUUUGGAUGACCAGUGCAGUUUCCCCGCUGCGACCAAUGAAACAUUCCUACAAAAGAUCAACACGGUCCACAAAGACAACAAGUAUUACGAAAUUCCUCAGAAGAGGGAGUUAGCAUUUAUUAUAAAGCAUUAUGCUGGUAAAGUGAAAUAUCAGGUGAGUGAUUUUAGGGAGAAGAACUUGGACCUGAUGCGGCCAGAACUGAUUAGUGUGCUCAAAAACAGUCAAUAUAGCAUCGUGCGAGAGGUGGCAGGGGCUGAUCCGGUUGCCGUGUUCAGGUGGUCGAUCCUUAGGGCAUUCUUCCGCGCCGUCAGUGCAUUCCAUGGUGCGGCUAUCAAGUACACAAAGCGGAAAGGGCAUGAUGACCAAAGAAAGACACCGAAGCAGAAGAUUAACAUUGACAACUCAAGGAUACUCGCAGCCAUCGAAAACACUCAAAACCGUUUGCGUAAGACUCGUCAUAGUCGCUCACGAUCCAGAUCUCAUGGCCCUAGGCAUCAGAAGAACCUGAAAACAGUCAAAGCUCUUGCCCAAAGAACACAGAGUCUCACCUCACAGGGUCGCCUUCCUGGAUCCCGCAAGCCUCCACAUACAGUAACAGGGCAGUUCCAGUUAUCGUUACAAACACUCAUGGAGGCACUCAACACUGCAAAUCCCUUCUUCAUAAGAUGUAUAAAGAGCAAUGCAAAUAAGGAACCAAAUGUUUUUGGAGAUGAAAUGGUAACGCGGCAACUGCGUUACACUGGGAUGCUGGAAACGGUGAGGAUUCGUCAGGCUGGCUUUAAUGUCCGGCUCUCCUAUGAUGAGUUCAUUCAUCACUACAGAAUACUGUUACCAAAGGGCUUACUGAGGGUUUCUCCUUGCAGUUCCCAGCUUGAUGUGCGAGCAUUCUUACAAAACAUGCACUUGGAUGAAGGUGAGUAUCAGAUGGGACACACAAAGAUCUUCAUGCGAGAAUCCCAGAAGCAGAAGCUUGACUCUCAACUUCACCAGACCAUUUUGUCACGCAUUAUCGUGAUCCAGAGAUGGUACCGGACAAUCCACCAGCGGAGGCACUAUCUCACCUUUAGAGCGGCUGUGAUUAGAGUACAAGCGCAGGUUCGUUGUUGGAUAGCCCAGCAAAUGUUGGCCAAGAUGCGGCUUCGGGAACAUGCUGCUACUUACAUCCAAAAAGUGUGGCGAGGGAGUAGGGUUCGCAGAUGGUACCAGAACUUCCGAAGGGCUCUCAUUGCAUUCCAGGCUUGUGUAAGGGGAGAGCAAGCGAGGCAACGGUACCGCAUCCUCCGUGAGGAAUGGAGACGGCAAAAAGCAGAGGAAGGCCGGAGAAGACUGAAGGAGGAGGAGGAGUUAUCGGUGACCUCAGUUACCACUGUUGGAUCUAUUACCUCAGUCCCUGUCGUUGAAUCGUCAGAACCUGCUCAACCCCCUCCCCGAAGACGGUCAACGUCUGUGGUUCAGAAUGCACCAGUCCAUAAACUACACAGAAGACAAAGUGAACAGCUUAUUGGCGAGCGUAGACUAUCGGAAAGCCAGCAGCCAUACAACCAGGAAAUGCGGAGGCUGAGUGAGACAGCUGUUCCCCUGAGAAGAUCCUCCCCUGGAAGUACAGUGGUCCCGGUUCAAACUCGGCACAGUGAAGAUAGUCAAGGGGGACCAUCACCCCCAUCAUCACCAAGUAUUGUAGAAGGAGAGAAAGCAGUUGUGAAAGCUAAGUCCUUCCGACAUCGUCCUUAUUCCAAAGUUCCUCUGGCAAACCAGUCAGCUGUCACUCCGUCAGCAUCGUCAGAGAGCCUGAGCUCCAACCAGCUUGAGAGAAAGUCAAGCACAGGUGGCACAGAGGAUGACGGGAACAGACAUUCUCAGCUACAGCACCAGGACUCACAUGGGGUCAUGAAGUUGUCAAGGCAGUUCAGAAAGCCUUUCAAGAAAAUAAUGGGCAAAAGAGAGGGCAGUAUGAGUGAGAGUGAGGAUGCCAUGUCAUAUGAGUCGCAGCCGCAGACGCCCACCAGUCCAGGCGACUACCAACCCAGCUUCUCGGCAGAGAUUACCUCCUCAGAUGCAUCUGCCCCAGUUGUGAAGGGGAGGUGUGCCAGCAGUGGAAAUGGCCAGCAGGGAGCUUCCUCAUGGGAGCUGCGAGGAGAGGAGCCACGGGCCAAAGAACCCCUCAAGCCUUCAUCUAGCCUGCCAGAUGUGGUACAGGGAUUUUCCAGCAUGGAGCCAGGUGGAGUGCAGGGAGCAGCUUCCUUGCCUCUGUCUGUGGUUGGGGGUGACACAGAUGCCCUGAAACGCAUCCUGGCAAGCAGUCCGCAUACGCUUAAGCAGUCUACGUUGCUGAAGAAGGAAGUGUGCAUUGCAUGUGACAAACCCUUCACAAGCUUCUUCAUCAAUACAGGCUACAAGUGUUUAGGUUGUAAGAAGGUAUUCCACCCUCGUUGCAUUGAGGCUUCCCUCACUAUUGGCUGCCAGGAUGCAUCAGGUGUUGGUAAGGAGAAUGCUAGCCCGUCCAGUAAGAAGCCCAGAAGAUUUGACCAGGAGGAUAACUGGAAUGUCACUCGAACAUCAGAGUUUAUUGACAAGUCAGAUGAGGUCAUUAAGGAUGCAGACGAGCUCAGAAGGCUUGAGGAAUUCAUCACGCGAAAGUUGUACCAACUGGAAGAGAAAGAGAGUGAGAAGUCAGAUACACGCACACAGAGCCUGGACCGCAGCUUCUCUCGUGAAGCACCCACACGGGACCUGGAAGUAAGUGUUCGGCUAAGGGACCGGAAGGACUCCCUUGUUGACCAAAUGUUCUGCCAGUCAUUACGAGAGUUCAAGACCAACCUUGUAUCGACAUACAGCGUAGCCUUCCAGAAGGAGUCCAACUUAGCUCUCAAGUACAAGGAUCUUAUUAAGAAUUUUGAACAGGUAAUGAACACCGUGUGUAAAGAAAAGAUGGGCAAUGAUACCUUCCCAGUCACAAUGGGCGUGAAUGCGUUCCGAGGUUUCCUAGAUGAGUUCAUCCGGGAGAAAAAGAAGCCCAUUGAGGAGAAGUCAUUUGUGAAGAAGAGAAAGAGACACAGACGCAAAAAGAAGAAGGUUGUUAAAAAUGUGGAGGAGUUGGUGUACGGGGCCCAUAUCUUCACCCACAUCAUGGUGAACAUUCCAACACAGUGUGAAGUGUGCAACUCCUUCCUCUGGCUCUCUAUGAAGGCCCUUACCUGCCAAAGAUGUAAAGUGACUUGCCACCAAAAGUGUUACAAAAAGGCUGAUGCUAAGUGCAGCCAUGAGGGCCCCAAACCUGUGGUGGUGGCAACUGGCACCCCGCCAACACGUAACCGGGUCUUCUCUGUCCCACUGGAGAACCUGGUCAAGCCGGGUGAGAAAAUACCAGGUGUGAUAGAUCGCCUCAUCACGAGUAUUGAACUCUAUGGGCUCUACACAGAGGGGCUCUACCGAAAGUCAGGCGCAGCGACAAAGGUAAGAUCAGUGAAGGCACACAUUGAGCGUGAUGCAGACAAUGUUGACUUUACUGACACGCCUGUCCAUGUCCUGGCUACCAUUGUCAAGUCGUUCUUCCGAGACCUGCCUGAACCCUUGCUCACCUUCGAUUGCUAUGAUCCACUGCUACAUGCCACUGAGCUUCAGGACCCAGAUGACCAGCUCCAGACUAUUCUUAACAUUGUCAAGGGCCUACCCAAGCUCAACUUUGACCUGCUUGAGCGACUGAUCUUCCACAUGGUUAGGGUGGCGUUACUUGAGGAGCACAACCGGAUGAGCUGCAAUGCCCUUGCCAUCGUCUUUGCGCCGUGCAUUCUCCGUAGUCAACGCUCGCAGACAGUGCAGGAUUCCUUGAAUGACAUUGCGAAGCAGACUUCAGUUGUGGAGAUCAUUAUUGCAAGACAGCUUCAGCAGGUGAGGACAACCUUGCAGGACAUUGACAAUGUGGACUCGGCUGUAGUCUCAGCAAGCAACUGCCUCGACUUCAUACGCUAUUCGAAGCACCUGACCCAGAGGAGUGGGCAAGGUGCAAGCGAGGCCUCUAGCCUGCCACGCACUGCCUCGGCAGCCCUGCGCACAGGAAUGUCAUAUGAGGCCAGUGAGAAUGACCUCAAGGAGAAGCUGGCUGACCUACAGGGCACCCGAGAGCGACUGGAGCUGCAGCUGCCGGCACUGGUGCGCGUCAGCUCUGAGGAGGACCUGCUCUCCACUGACAUGUCACGCGCUGGCUCCCUCGAGGACAUCCCCGGAACUCCUGCUACUCCCGCCACCCCAGCUACGGCUGUCAGGGGGUCUAGGGACACUGGCUUCUGUGAAGAGUAUGAUGCGCUUUCUGUCACAGAGAACUCGCACCGACUAAGGAGGAAAGCAGAAAUGUCUGACGAGGACCAGAGUGUCACAUCAAGACUUCACCAUGACUAUAGUGACGAUGCUGUGAUGGUAUAGAUGGAAACCACGUGUGAUCAAAAGACUCCUUUAUAGUUGUAGAAUGUAAGUAAUGCAGAAAAGGGGGAAAUAUAUAGUGUUCCAUUUGUUCCAAAAGUGAUUUACAUAAGGUUAACAAGUUGGGAAACUCGCAAACAUAUGUGUGUGCUUAAAGACAGUUAAAGUACACACACAUGCACACAUACACUUGCAUAAAAAACACAACAGAAAAUGUGUUUGUAUCUGCAGGAUGUUUAUUCAUUGUUCAGUUACUGGAACAAUCUUCAGAAAAAAAUAUUUAUACAUAUAUAAGUACAGUAUUCCUACAAAUGAGAAGAAAAUGAAAAUGGCUUAAGGAAAAAUACAGCUGUGUACAAUUUGCUUUUUUCUCAUGGUCUGAUGUGCUGUUUUUUGUACUGUUUUGGUUUCUGAGGCAUGUUUGAGAAUCAGCCAAUAUCUCUCUCUUUUAAAGUACAGUGUUACUCUAAAUGCUUUUGUUAUGUUAAAUGAUUGUAAUGAUAAUAAUGUUAGGUUCAUUUUCAUCUUUUUUCAUACAGUAGUGUGUACAAGAAAUGCUUUUGAAAGAAUUUUUUUUCUACUCUUCUCCAAACUUGUAAUAUUCUUUGUAAACUGCAUUGUAAAUAUGUUUUGUUUUUUAGCUUGAGUUUCAUUAUCUUAUUUCACACACAUUGUUAUUGCUGUUGUUAUUCUCGUAUUUUUUUAUUUAUUUUUUUUUGUUCAUGUCUCAUGGCUUGUGUUCAUAAUUACUACAGGUGUUGCUUCUUUUAUUAGUAGUAUAUUAUUGAUUUUUUUAUUAUCAUUGCUUUCAUCAUUAUGAUAAUGAUGAUUGGUACUAUUAUCCUGUAUCAUUAUUAUUAAAAUUGGCAUUGAACAGUUUUCAUUUGAACGGAAACUUUGAACAAUUACGCAGUUUAUAAUUUUUUUUUUUUUUUUUCAUAUCGUAAACUAGCUGACACUAAUUAUUAUCUUUUUUCCUUGCUUGUGAUACUGUGAAGUUAUUCAGGGGACCAUCAUGUAUAUCUCUGUGUAUAUGUAUCUGUGUGUGUGCAUGCAUGUAUACAUGUAAGCAAAUACAAAACAAAAACACACAUGCAGAAACACACAGACAAUACUACAUACAAAAUAAAGAUUUACAUAGUAUGAAUAUUUUUCAGUUUUUGAGUUGCAUUACUUUUCAGUGUUAUAGAAUGGAACAGAGUGAGGGCUCAGUUCAGCAUGCAAGAACUAUGUUUGUGGAUGAAGGCUUGGGUUUUCAGUGCUUGCAACUGAGGAUCAUAAUUCGUUUUACUGUCAUAUCACUAUCAAUGUUAAUAUAUGCACCUUUUAUUUAGAA